ACUGUGGCUGGAACUGGCCGCUCUCAUUCUUUUUUCUGCUAAAAUUAACUAUUUUUCUUACACAAUCAAUAAAUUGUUAACCUACAAAAAUGACCGACGAGAAAUCCACGGUUCAAGAAUUUAAACUGGAUCCAGAUUGCGAAUUGAGAUUCGAAGUGGAGAGCAAAAAUGAGAAAGUUACAUUAGAGUUAAAGAGCGGCCUUGCAGAGGUUUUCGGGACGGAACUGGUAAAAGGAAAAAAAUAUGAGUUUAUCGCUGGUGCAAAAGUCGCUGUUUACACCUGGCAGGGUUGUACUGUCGAGCUUAUCGGUAAGACUGAUGUCAGUUACGUGGCUAAAGAAACACCAAUGGGCUUGUAUUUGAAUUGUCACGCAGCGAUGGAACGGAUACGAGAGAAUGCAGAAAAGGACGACACCAGAGGUCCAAUAACAAUGGUUGUGGGUCCGUGCGAUGUUGGAAAAUCCACACUGUGUAGAAUUCUGUUAAAUUAUGCUGUUAGAAUGGGUAGAAGGCCAAUUUUUGUCGAUCUUGACGUUGGCCAAGGACACAUAGCCAUCCCCGGCACAGUUGGUGCUUUACUAGUGGAACGACCGUCCAAUGUAGUAGAAGGUUUCAGUCAGCAAGCUCCGUUGGUCUUCCACUUCGGACACAAAACGCCAUCGUCCAACUUGGCAUUGUAUAAUUUACUCGUAACACGGUUGGCGGAGGUCUGUUCUGACAGAUUGCAAGCCAACAAGAAAGCCAAAGCGUCGGGAAUCAUCAUAAACACAUGCGGUUGGAUCAAAGGUCAAGGUUACAAGAUACUCACGCACGCUGCACAGGCUUUUGAAAUCGACGCGAUUUUAGUGCUGGAUCAAGAGAGACUGUACAACGAGCUGGUGAGAGACAUGCCGGAUUUUGUAAAAGUGGUUUUCUUGCCGAAGAGCGGCGGAGUUGUCGAGAGAAGUCAAACACAGAGAACGGAAGCGAGGGAUCAGAGCGUGAGAGAGUAUUUUUACGGCUCGCGAACGCCGUUGUAUCCUCACAGCUUCGAGGUCAAGUGGAGCGAGGCCAGACUUUACAAAAUCGGAGCGCCUGUUUUACCGGCGUCUUGCAUGCCUUUGGGCAUGAAGGCGGAGGACAAUUUGACGAAACUGGUGGCUGUCACGCCGGGACCCAGUUUGCUACAUCAUCUGUUAUCCGUUUCGUUCGCUGAUUCUCCUGAGGAUGAUGUUGUACAAACUAACGUAGCUGGAUUUGUUUGUGUAACGAAUGUGGACGUUGAGAGACAGACGUUCACGGUGCUCAGUCCGCAACCUAGACCGUUGCCAAACACAGUCCUCUUGUUGUCGGAUAUACAAUUUAUGGAUAGUCACUAGGGCACGAGUUUUAUUAAGGAAGAUAUCAUGAUAAAUAUUUGUAAAAUAAACUUUUUUUAUGUGAUUUACACUA